UGAGUCUAUAUACUAACCCAUGCAGAAGAGCUCCUAAAAAUCAGCCAACCAAAUAUUAUACCAAAUAUAUUUACCAAUAUUUAUCAGAAGCUAAAGACAGAUAAACAUUUAGGUAUGCACAUCAAGGGGAUGGAGCCAAGCUCUUGGUGCAUGCAACCACCAGGAUGAGAAACAACAGGCAGAAACUGAUGCCCAGGAAGUUCCACCUGGGCACGAGGAAGAACUUAUUUGCUGUGCGUGUGACUGAGCACUGGAACAGACUGCCCAGAGAGGCUGGAGUUAUUCCAGAACCGUCUGAACACAAUCCUGUGUCCUGUGCUCCAGGAUAAUUCUGCUUGAGCAGGCUGGGCCAGAUGCCUGUGCUCCCUUCCAACCUGACAGAUUCUGGGGGAGCCAGAGAACAUCCUUGGAAAGCAGAGCUGGAAGCGAACCUAGGUCAGGAUGGCUUCGGUUGAAAGGGAGACAUUGUCCCAGGAGGAGCUCCGGAAAAGGCUGUAUCAGACUUUUAAGAGCCGAGGCGUACUGGACACACUUAAGACACAGCUCCGAAACCAGCUGGUCCAUGAACUAAUGCACCCAAUUUUGAAUGGAGAACUUCAGCCACAGAUGGUUCCAACUGAAGAUAGUUCACUUUUGAUCACUGCUUCCAACAGUUUGGUGGCAGAUCAUCUAGAGAGGUGUGGCUAUGAAUAUUCACUUUCAGUUUUCUUUCCAGAAAGUGGAUUAGAGAAGAGGAAGCUGUGGACUGUGCAAGAUCUUCUUCAAUUAAUGAGGAUCAAUCCAAAAUCCAGUCUUUACAAAUCACUGACUUCAGGAACUCAGAAGGAAAAUAAAGGUUUCCUUAUGCAAGUUUUAAUUGGACUUACAGAACAUCAUCUAAACAGGGAAACUCACAACACAGAAACUCAGACCACCUCAGUGCCUUCUUACAGAGAGUCUCUUGCUGAGAAGCUUCAGCUGAUUGAUGAACAGUUUGCAGACUCCUAUCCUCAGCAUCAGAAAUACGAAUCUUUAGAAGUAAAACUUAAGGAAUAUAGAAAAGAAAUAGAGAAGCAGCUUCAAGAAGAAAUGCAUCAAAAGCUUGAACAUUUUAAAGAAGUUGAAAUAGCAAAGAUUAAAAUGGAGGAGAAAGCGCAGACCCAGAAAGAAAUCUCUGAGCUGCGCCAUGAGCUAGAGAAGACGCAUCAAGCAAAGACUGAAGCCUUGAUUUCUCGUGAAAAGAAUGCUAUUGAGAGACUUCAAAAGCAACAAGAGAUAGAAGCAAAGGAAGUGUACGCUCAGAGACAAAGUCUGUUGAAAGAUAUUGAAGCCAUAAGGACCAGGGAGGCAGAACUGAAGCAAAGGAUGGAGGCAUUUGAAAUCACCCAGAGAGUUCAGGAGGAGAAAAAUAAAGCUAUAGAAGAUGCACUUCGGCGUCGUGAGGUUGCUGUGAAGAACAUAGAGGAGACAUAUGACCAAAAGCUGAAGACAGAACUCUUAAAAUACCAGCUUGAAUUAAAAGAAGAGUACAUAGCCAGAAGCAAUAAAGUUACUGAAGAUGAGAAAAAAAAUAAAGAGAAAGCUAUGCUUUUGCAAGAAGAAGCCAUUGCUGUUAAUUCAAAAAAGGAGGAACUCAAGCAAGCUGUAUCACGCACCAAAGAGCUUGAGCUGGAUUUGGAGUCAGUGAAGGCCCAGGUUCUGUUGGUAAAUAAACAGAAUCAGUUGUUGACAGAAAAACUGAAAGAGGUAUCUGACUAUCCUUUGCUAAAGGAGGAAAAAUUGGAGCUCCAAGUGCAGAAUAAACUACUUAGGCAACAGUUGGAUGAGACUCGGAGUGAGAACCAGCAUCUUCGAGACAAGCUGUCCCAGCCCUCAGCAGAGUACUUGGCCUGCCAAGUGGAGUUGAGGAGAGUGGAGCAUUCUAAGAAGCUGGUGCUGGAUGAAUUUGAAAGUCAUAAGCAGAUGUUGGAAAAACAGCUACAAAGUGAGAUCGAGCGUUGUGCCCAGUUAAAGGCCCAGCUGUUAGAUUCUGAAGCUACUGUCAGGAAGUUAAAUGUGCAGGUUGAAGAACUGAAGCUGCAAGUGAAACAAACACAGGCAGCUCUGGAGAACGAGGUAUAUCGGAACCCAAAGCCGUCGCUGGUGGACCGCUCCGUGCUGGACUUGCUGGGUGACAGGCUGGUGCCCCCUGACAUUUACGUGGAUGGGGCGCUCCCCAGGAGCCUGGCACUGCCCGCCGUGGGCCCGCUCAGCCCUGUGCCAGGGCCUGCCUGCCGCCAGCAGCCACGCAGCGCUUCCCCGGACUCGGACCUGGAGUGCAUCGCGCAGGCCCGCGCCAGGGUCAGGCAGCUGGAGAAGGAGGCUGAGUACUUGGAUGAAGCCUACAGGAGUUACCAACACAGAGUCAUGCUGAAUGCAGCUGCAAGCAGAACACCAAGGAAGAUGCAGCCUCCUUUAAUUCUGCAGUGUCCUCUCAGUAAACACCUUUUGACUACCCAGCAGGAACUGCUGGAGGAUAAUCCCAGCUCCCCACAUUCCCCUCUGAGCAGUCCAAGAGGUGAGGAACCCAUGAAAAGAACUGGGCAGGCUGACAUCUUUAAAGCUCCCUUAACGCCGCCACACAGAGGAGCAUCUCCAAGGCGCCUUUCUUCUACACCCAUUUCCAAACCAAAGAGAGACCUCAGUAACAAGAAAAUUACAGAUGACAUCAAGGGCUCAUCCCUUAACUCUUCACAGCGGAGUGUCGACCAGGUUCUUUCUCCUAUUUCAAAGCCAUAUUCGCUUUCAUCUUCUGAAUCUGUUCCUUCCUCACCAUCCAGUCAUGGCCAGAAAAUCAGAUUUCAGAGUCAACAAACAGAUAAACAAGAUCUCAGUGAUAGCCACAAACCAGAGAAACUAAGGUAUGAGGAUCUUGAAGAACACAUUUAUACUCUUGAAGAUCAGGGGGACAUACCAGAGGAGUGUGAAAAUGAUGUCUUGCCUCCAUCUGGGGACAUCGUCGAUGGAAACUGUGUCACUGCCCCUGUGCCAGCAACAGCCACUUCACUGCAGGACUCAAUGGUGCUGGAUCAAAGUCAGAUUGAAGAACAGAACAGAGAAGUUGAGAAAAACUUAGAAGAAGAAAGGAAAGCAAGAGAAGAAAGGAGAGAGAAGGAACAACAGGAAGCUUUGGAAAGCGAGCAAAAAGAACAAAAAGAAGUGGAAAAGCUUAACAAAGAAGAGUCUAUCCAAGACUCAACGAAAACAGAUGAAGAAAUAGAAGAUAAAGAGGGAGUAAAAUCUGAACACAGUAACACUGCUGCUGAAAAGAAUGUAAAGGAUCCUCCUUCCAAUCCAUUAGAAAAAUACAUGAGAAUAAUUCAGCAGAGCAGAGAGCAGGAACUGGCAAACAAGGAUUCAAAAAAAGAAGAAGUAAGAGAAAUGUCACCUUCAGAAGGACUUCUGUCUACUGAAAAUGACAGUGUUGCAGACAUUUCUCAUGGAGAUAUGGAUGAAAGCUUCUGGUGAACAAUAGCUACUGAUUUUAAAAUUUUUAUUAUUAUUAUUGUUAUUAUAAGAUAUUUUUAAAGUAGGUUUGUGCCUGUAAUAAAUGUUAGGUACACUGCAGCUGUGUAAUUAUAAAUUAAUAAAGCUGAUUUUUAUCUGUUUCAUCACCUCAGUCAUUGACUUCAAAAAGGAAAUCCUGAUGUGUUACUAAUCCAGGAGGAAGCCCUUGGGUGGGGUGAGAGAAAGAACAAAGCAGGGAACAGAAACUGAUCAGUAUGUUUGAGUAGAUUGGCACUGAAUUCCUCUAAACUUUGUCAACUUUGUCAACCCCCUCCCCCCAACCCCUUCUCCAAAUGGUUCAAACUGUGGGUGAAAGAAACAAAAAUUUCCCUCAUCAUCACCUGCUUGUAAAGGUGUCCUGUGGAGGCGCUGGGUUCACGUGACAAACUAAGGUGUCCCUUCUGCUGCACAGCAGGGGCAGGAGCCGCUUUCAAAAGCAGCCCCUCUCAUGUACCAGCCCAGAAUGGAGAGAUUAAAAUAAAAAUGCUAUUUAACUCAUCUUUAUUUAAGCUUUGUAUUUUGUAGGUAGAUUAUAGGCAAGAUCAUUAAACUUUAUUUACAGUAUAAAAUACAGUAGUUUUUAUCAAUGAAGUAAUUUUGGGUGGCAGCAUAUAUUACAACUUGCACUGCAUUUGAGGCUGCUCAUCUUGACCUAACUACAAGAACAUGAAGCCAAGUUUGACAGAAUUUAGGGGCAAAAAACAAAGUUCUGUCUUGAAUUCACUGGAUGUUUAAACACAACGUACCAAAACCGUGACAGAUACAAACUUUGCUUUUUGAAAUGAAGCUGAAAGGUGAUGUGGUGGUUACUCUAAUUUUGCAUGCUGCUUAAUUUGCUGUUGCAGCCACUCUGGCCUUUACAGAAUUUCUGAGUGGCUGCUCUUGUUGGAUGUUGGGAAGGGGUAGUGCUUGUUGCAUUAUGCUGGCCUGGAACAACUACCACUAUUGCAUGCUGCACAGAGCUGCUGCUGCAGCUGCAGCUGCAGCUGCAGGGCAGCCCUGCCCCAUGCAGGAGGGCAGGGAGCUCUGGAACAGGACAUGUUUCACCUCAGAUAGAAACAUAAAGCCUAGGGAUGCGCUGCCAUGGAGUAGCUGUAGGUCUGGGUUCAAAUAAGCGUACACAAGUGUCGUCUAUUAUCUACAAAUAUUUAUUUUAACACUUGGAUGUAACUACAGGAAGCCCUUGGCACUGAUAGAAAAUAUUGAUUCACUGUUAGGUUACAAAAAUUUAUACAUAGCAAAAUUUAAUGCUCUUUACAUAAAAAUAUUAGACUACUUAAACAAAACUUCAAAAACUCCCAGUAAUAGCUACACUGAAUUAGAAAAGAAUUAGGCUUUAAGACACUGCCUCCAUUAUUACCCUUAUGCAAACACUGGGCUAGAACAUCACCUGCAUUGCUGUAGAAAUGUCUCCUUCAUGCAACAGGUAAGAACAUACACUAGGCUAUUUUGUCAUAUUUGCUCUACAUCAAUCAACUUUGCCCCUUUUUUGAAACUGUCAAAUUAGACUUCAGUACUUAACAAAAGAAAUUAUAUUUGAAGUUAAUACCCCCAAAAAAUGCCUUUUCUCUUAAUACUGAUUUGAAGGAAUUUGUGCUUCCUUUGAUGUAUAUUCAGCAAACAGUCAAAACUACCAAACCACACGUCAGCUUAGCAGGGGUAUGACUUGAAUAUUUAGUUUUUUUCAAAUGAAUGAUGUAUUUUUACUUUCCCCCCCACCCCAACAUUUAUAUAUAUAUAUAUAUAUAUAUAAUAUAGAACAAACACCAAAUAUACCAUCACUAAUACUCAAGAUAUCACUGAAUGCUUCUGAAAAAAAACAUUAAUUAGAAGGCAGACUUCUAUGGGAAAUGACUUUAAAAUGGCACCAGUUUGUUUGUUGUUGUUUUUUCUGAACACCACGUUUUCUUAGUGUGCUAAUUAAUUUGUAAAAAGGAAAACACAUAAGCACUGACUAUAAAUUUGCUAAGCACCAAGAUAGAGAAAGGUGGACAUCCUGUAUUAUUUUUAUGGCUGCAAAUUUUAUUGUUUGUGUAAAACUCUGCAAACUUUCUCAUCCACUCAUUUGGAAUAGUCAGAUCAGUGUCAUUUUAAUAAGGUAACACUUUCACUUACUUAAAAUGUAGGAUAAUGGUCUCCUGCCACUAUAUAAAUGCUAAGACAUUUAUAGAAAAUAAAUAUUAAGGCAAAGCUGACAUUUAUUUUCAAAGAAGGGGAUCAUUAUCCAGAUCCAGGGAUCUACAUUCCAUUAAAUAGUUAAUAAAAAGAUUAGAACUUGGGAGAUCUGCUCGACCCUCAGGUGAGCACAGGGAUGUGACGGCUUCCUCAUGGCAGCGUGUGGCACAGGAGCGGAGCUGCUCCCAUGGCAGGUGUGGGUGUUCCCAAACAGCCCCCCUGCAGCCUGGGAGGUGCUGCAGCUGUGCCAUCACACAUGCACAUGAGCUCCUCUCAGAAAUGGCAGCUGGACCCGGGUUCCUUUGGGAGGUGCUCGAUCACACACCGUGUGCAUGCCUGAGGUCCACUCAGAUCUGCCUGCUCGGCCAUUUUGUGCAGGGCGUUAUGCUCUAGAACCAGUCAAAUAUUAAAUACCAAGUCUCAAAGAAUAAUUUGGUCACUUUUUGUAAAGUGUUGCCUUUUAAAAUGCCUGGAAUAAACCCUCCAUUCUCUGUUAGAAAGAAUGGAGGAUUACCCAUGGGAAGACUUCCCUAAAAAAGUUUUCCAGGAGCUGGAAUGUGAAGCUUUUAUACUUCUCUCUAAUUUUGUUUGCUAGACACACAUCUGUACUGCAGAGCAGCUAUUUGCUGAUUUGUCAGAGCUACAGAACUCUUCUGCUGAAUUACUGUGGCAAACAUUUAUGUGUAAGAAUUGAGUUGCUCUUUUGACCGAGACUGGAUAUCCUGAAGCUCCUGCUCUUCUUUUGCUUUGAUAUCUUGGUAGGCCUGCAUUUUGCUUGCAUCCUUUAAGUAGGCCCAGUUAGAAGACAGUAUCAUGAGGAAGUGGAUCUGGAAGAGAAGGGUGAGCAUGAUGGCGAGUGAGCAUGUCAAGAGGCAAAGCAAGCUGCUAGUCAGAUUAAUAGACGCUCUUUAAAAUAACGACCAAAAAAAUAGUUACUCUACGUUAAUAAGCAUUCUGUUAUUAAAACAAGCACAGAGGCUAUUUUUUUCAAAGGUCUCUAGAAUUUGGCAUGCUAAUAAUUCAGUUGGUUAUUCACAAUUUAGAGAAAGUUAGUACAACAAUAUUAAAAUGAGCUACAGAGUUGUACGGGUCGAUUAAAAUGCAGAAUGGGGGGAAGGAGGAAAACAGUUUUGUACGUGGCAAUAUACGGAAUCUGUAAACUACGAGGUGCUCAGAAGAACUGCUCUCUAAGGUCGUGGUGUUUAUGCAUAUCCAAGCCCAGAGCCCGGCAGGUCUUUUCCCCAACAAGCAGAUGAGAAUUCCACCCUCCCCCUGGAAAAAAACCUGAAACUGUGAACCGUUUUAUUUACGCGAACAAGGCUACAUUAACACAUCGAAAAA